AAUUUAAAACUUUCAGGCAACGAUUUUUCGAACGUAACGUUAAAAAACGACACCGGUCAUCAUUUAUCCUCAAGCUGCAACAAGGCGUUAGCAAGCUAUCCGUUCUCUGUCUCUAUUCAAAGGAAAGGAUCGCACUAUACUUCAGGUGCUUUAAUUGGCAAGAAAUGGAUUGUGACCGUUGCUAGUGAAUUUUACAAUAUUCGAGAAACGAUUAAGUUAUUUAGAGCAAGGCUGGGAACAGUGAAUUGCAAAAAAGGGGGUUUAUUAGUGCCAAUAAAAGAAAUUGAAAUUCAUCCGUCAUAUGUAUACAGAAAACCAAAUUUUGAUAUAUCGAUGCUGAAGAUUGGUCACUUUUUUGAUUUUUCUGAUCUCAUAAAACCAAUUGCCUUAACUGAUGUUACGGAAAAAAUUGUCAGUGCUAGUUUCUUAACUACUUAUUGGCCUAGAUUGAUUGUCAACGGUAGAGUGCUUGACCAAACCGCAAAGGAAAGAAUGAAACAAAAUAGCAUGAGAGUUUCAACACAGAAAAUGAUACUUUGGGAAAAAUGCUUUGAUUUAAUGAAAACACAAAACCAGACCUUAGACGAAUCUAGUCUAUGUUUAAUACCAAUUAAGUCCCACCAUAGUCCGUGCAUGCCUGAUGCAGGAGCUCCGAUUACAGCUGAAGAUGGGCUUUGGGGGAUCACAUCUGGAUGGACCCUGGAUGAAUGUCUCACAAAAAAUAGUCCCACACUUGUAACUAGAAUCUCUUCGUCAGCCAUAAGAACCUGGUUAGACAAAUUACUGGACUCUGAGAAAAAGUAAACUUAUGCCAUAUGUACCCCAUGUUUCCGUGCUUGGGAUUUUUUUUUACUUUUUUAAACCGUGUCUCAUAUUAUUUCUAUUUAUCAAUUAUCAAAAUUAUUCCAGGUUGCGUAGACAGAAUGAUUAAUAGUCGCGGGAUUUCUUCAUUUAAAUCUUUUAUCACAAUUUUAAAUGUUAAGCUAAUAGAAGCGGAGUAAAAUGCAAAUAAAAGGCUUACCCAGUGUCAGUAUAAACAAUUAAAUUACUUUAAUGUCAAUAUUAAUAUCGUCAUACAUUAUUUCGACGUUAUUUUUAUCAUAGAAUAUUUUCUCCCCAGCUACUUAUUUGUAAAUAUGAUAUACUCUUAGUAUUAUAAUUUGUAAAUUUAAUAAUUUACCUUUACCUUAC